AUGGUUAGCCAGCAGCAACGGUUCAAAGCAGUUCAAGUUUUACAGGGAGCAAGGGUCGGAGGCUCUGCCAGCUGCUCAGAGACAACAGGUGAAGAGGUUCAGGUACUGCACCUAGAAGGAAACCCCUGGAACUGCUCCUGUCCUCUGCUGAACACCGUUAGAAAGAUGAAAGAAGCCAAUGUCACGAUCGUGGGCCCGACGAUCACCUGUGAAUCUCCAGCAGAGAAUAGAAAUCAAAAUCUCCUGGAUUUGAUCAAUCUUUGUUUCACAUCAACUCCAAAACCUGAGCAGAUAGAACCAAGGUCCACAUCAACACCAGUCACCUCUCAGCAACCCAAAGGAGUCAACAAGGUGUCGAUAAGCCCUUCAACAACUCAGAACUGUACCAUCGGUGCAGUUCGGAAACCAGCGCUUGGCCACACCUGGAAGUUCACAGCCUGCGUUGCGGCCUUGGCCAUCGCCACCUGCGCCCUCAUCCUUGCCGCCAUCAAGGGACCUUCAUGGUACAAACGCUUCCACAACUACAGGCAUCGGAGGCUGUACGACGACAACGACGAAGACGAGAAUGUCCCGGCGGUAUUCUCUGAGACGGGGGGGCACGGCGACCUGCAGACCUUCGUGUUUGAAGAACUGAGUCAUCAGCUGGAGGAGGAAGACGGGGGCGAUGGAUACUUUGAGGAUCCGUACAUCAGGAGGGCAGACGACCAAGACGGAGAGAUUCUAAGAGGGGAUAUCUAACUAAACCAGAUCUAUAGUUUCUAGAUCUGUAAAUUACAUUAAAAUAUUUUAAUCUGAUUCGUAUGUGGAAUAAGCUAGUCGUUUAGUUUCUCUAUACUGUGAAGAAUUAAGGUUUUUAUUAAACCUUCUGGUCGUCAGAGAGCAGAGGGUCCACUGAGCCACAGGGUUAUGAGGAGAUAACCCAACAUCAAUAUUUAUUACAUCUAUUAUCAUCACAGGGUGGAAGGGGAUGAUAUGGAGGAAUUCAAGCAUUUCAAAGACAGAGGGGGGUGUUCAACCUCAUUUUUCAAGGGUUGGUGUCCUGCAUGUUUUAGAUGUUUUUACGCAACUAGUGUAGAUUCUUCCUAAGCUUCAUUGAGCCACAAAUAAAACCCAAAAUUACCUUUAUGUCCAAACCUCUGAAACAAUAAAACAGUCUACAGUCGGUGGAUUCAUGGUAAAGAGGUUACUGACAGAAAAUCAGCCAGUUGGGUCGGCCAUGUUGGUGACGGAGAGGUUACUAGGUACAG